UCAUUGACCAAUAGUACUAGCUCAAUUCUUUAAAUUUUUUUUUUUUUGAGGUAUUGUUAAGCGCAAUUAGGCAAAUGAUCAAAGCCUCCUCCUUUUCGUAAUUUUUUUUAGUUGGGAAAUGGUUUUUAUUUAUCUAUUUUGCCAAACGCGGCCUUAGCAAGAUAUUCUGUGCAAAAUUUUCAUUUUUCUAGAGCUGUGACAUAAGGUUCAAAGGUUGAAACUUCGACACACGCAUUGCUCGCGCAAGAUCCCACAAAACACGCACUGAUAAUUCAUAAUUCUUCAAGCACAGGCACAGCACAUCCAUCUACUCUCUUCCUUCCCUCCCUAAGACUAAAGAAUUUGCCAAAACACACACACACGCACACAAAUAAUCCAUUUUGGUUUUUGUCCCUCUUUUGACUUGGCAAGACUUGAGGCUUCUGGCAGGUAUUGCAACUACGUGUCGAUACAAAAUAGACAAAAUAUGGCGAAUGCGGCAGCUUUUGCUGAGAGGGCUACUAGUGAUUUGCUGAUUGGUCCAGAUUGGGCAGUGAAUAUAGAGCUAUGCGAUUUAAUAAACAUGGAUCCUGGGCAAGCCAAGGAUGCGUUGAAGACACUCAAGAAAAAAUUAGCGAACAAAAGCCCUAAAAUACAGCUCCUUGCGCUGUUUGUACUGGAGACUCUAAGCAAAAAUUGUGGGGAACACGUGUUUCAACAGAUCGCUGAGCGGGAUAUCUUGCACGAUAUGGUUAAAAUUGUUAGAAAGAAGCCUGAUUUAAAUGUGAGGGAGAAGAUUCUGACUUUGAUUGAUACCUGGCAAGAGGCUUUAGGGGGAGCAGGAGGAAGGUUUCCCCAGUAUUUUGCUGCCUACAAUGAAUUGAAGUCUGCUGGGGUAGAUUUUCCACCUCGAGAGGAAAAUAGUGUUCCAUUAUUCACUCCGCCACAAACACAUCCAAUAGUUCAACUUCAACCUACUUCUCCAUAUGAGGAAGUGGCUGUUCAAGCCUCUCUUGAAUCUGAUGCUUCUGGACUCAGCUUGCCAGAGAUUCAAAAUGCCGAGGGAAUCGUGGAUGUUCUUAUGGAAAUGCUAACUGCCUUGGAUCCAAAUAAUCCUCAGGGAUUGAAGGAUGAGAUCAUUGUUGACUUGAUUGAUCAGUGCCGUUCAUACCAAAAGCGAGUCAUGGUUCUUGUGAAUAAUACUGUAGACGAAGACCUUCUAUGCAAGGGAUUGGCUUUGAACGAUAAUUUGCAGCGAGUUGUCAGUAGACACGAUGACAUUGCCAAAGGGACUCUAGGAGUGUCAGUGACAAGUAGUGAAACUCCAGUCGCACCUCUUAUGAAUGUGAAUCACGAAGAUGAAGAGUCGGAAGAUGAUUUUGGUCAAUUAGCACGCAGAUCGUCGAGGGACACUUCACAAGGACUGGGCAAGAAACCGGCAGUUGUCAAGAAUGAGGCGUUGCACAUGAGCCCCUUUCUUCCUCCUCCGCCAUCAUCCAAGAAUCCAGUAAGUUCAGAUUCUUCCAUGGUCGAUUAUCUCAGUGGUGACACCUAUGAGGCAGAACGAUCCUCCAGAGCAUCGGGAUCUGCAAGUACUCCGGUGCCAGCUCAUUCAAGCAACCAGAAGUCGACUACUACUCCUCCACCAAACCCAACGGUGUCUUCCUCUCCCCCUGAUGAUUUCAUUAAUCCGACAGCAUCGAUGUUUGCUCCAAAACCAACAUAUGACGAACCUGCCCCUGCAAGCAAAUCGGCUGACAAUUUGCCUUCAGCUCCUUGGGAUGCUCCACCGGGCAACCUUCCGCCUCCACCAUCCAGGUACAACCAGAGACAACAGUUUUUCGAGCAAGGCCACACUCCUGGUGGCGGGCCAUCUCUUUCGAGUAGUGGAUCGGGCUCUUCUUAUGAUAGCUUGGUCGGCCAAACCCAGAAUCUCUCAAUCAAACCACCAACUCCAUCUAAGCCAGAAAAAAGCGAAGACGCCCUUUUCAGAGACCUCGUUGAUUUCGCUAAGGCCAAGUCGUCGUCGCCCAAACCGAAUCGGUCGUAUUAGGGGAAAUACUAUGCACAGAUUGCUUGCUGUCUGCAAAUCAUUGUGACUUGCUAUAAUAUGUUUGGACCUCUGUCUAUUAUGUCGACAUGAACCUCAACUUCCGAGAUAUGAGAUUGUGUUUUUUUUUUUUUCUUUUUUCCUUUGUUAAUAUAUUACUUCAAUUCGGCUUCUAUUGUUUAACACUUAAACAUUUCUUAUGGUGGCUUAGGCCUUACAUUUGUAUCGGGGUUGCAGAUUGCUGCUGUUAAUGAUUUCUUGUUAUAAUAGCUUCUCCUUUUUCUCGA